AUCGAUGUCGUUGUAACCACUGUUUAUAGUUGUCACCAGUUGUCACUCUUGAAGAGAUGUAACACAAUCAUUUUUCGAAAAUAAAUUUAAUAUUCGGAUGAAAUUCUUUCGAUAAAAUGGCAGAAGAUAAUGUACUUUUUGUCCGCGGAGACCGAAAUGUUACGAGUACAGAUAACGAAGAUGUUUGGGACGACAGUGCGUUAAUAAAAGCAUACGACAAAGCAGUGAAUUUGGCGAAGGACGAAGUUGCAAAGCAAAUGGGCAUGGAAAUUCAAAAUUUUCAAUCCAAACAAAAGUCACAGAAUUUUAAACAAUCUAGAGAUACAAAUAAACCAUACAAGAAGUGGAUUGCUGGGGCACCCUGUCGUGCAGUAUAUUUUGAGGAUGGAAAACUUUAUGAAGCUGUAAUAUCAAAAGUCUUUGAAAAUGCUGGGACUUGUAUCGUGAAAUUUAUAGGAUAUGGUAAUACACAAAAGGUAGAAUUAAACUCUCUUUUAGAGUCUAAAGGUUUGCUAAGUCAGAUAGCUCAGCAAAACGAUGUUUUGAGGGAACAAGGAUUUAAUGGAGAAAACACAGAAACAGAUGAGACAAAUUUUUCUGCACAUGCAAACUCAAAGAAAUGUAAUAGAGAAAAGAUGGAUUAUGAAUCAGAAGAAAUAAAACUAAAUAAGCAUUAUACCAUGCCUGAAACAUCUUUUAAUUCAAUGACAGAUAUGAUGCCACCUGCCCCUCCCUUACCACCUCAAUUGAUGGCUAAGCUUCCAGAUAAUGAUGCAGAUGCACUUUCGAGUAUGUUAAUGUCAUGGUACAUCAGUGGUUUUCACACAGGCUAUUAUCAUGGUUUGAAACAAGCAAGAAGUAAUCAGGAGAAAAGGAAAACUUCUUAAUUGUAUAAACGUUUUUUACUCAAAUAUAAUUUUUUAUAAAAAAUCACAUCAUUAGAAUUAGAAACGAUCGUUGUGUUCAUUUAUUUGUUAAUUGUAAGUCCUUGAAUAAAUUUGAACAAUUUUCAA